ACAGCCCCCACAUGCCCUGGCUCCGGCGGGACCCGCUGCUGAUUUUGUGGCAUUAAACCUGCAGGUCUCAGAACAUCAUACAACAUCUACACAUCAGGACAAUGAAUGUGUCCAACAACUGCAGUUUCAUAAAUCUAGAACUGUAUCACCAUGUUCGUCUUAUUGAAUUUGCUCUGUACAACCUCAUUUUCUUUUUUGGAGCACUAUUUAAUGCCCUUGCCCUGUGGGUGUUCUUCUGCAAGAUAAAGAAGUGGACAGAAACCAGGGUGUAUAUAAUCAAUUUAGUCUUUGCAGAUUGCUUCGUCAUCUGCACCUUGCCUUCCAUGGCUUAUUUGCUCUGGAAUAAGUCAACCCGAGAUGAACUCUGCCAGUUUAUAGAGGCAAUGUAUCUUAUCAACAUGGUAGUGAGCAUCUACAUCAUUUCAUUUAUCUCCAUCGAUCGAUACAUUGCCAUAAAGCACCCCUUGAAAGCCAGAACCUUCAGGUCUCCAUCAAAGGCUGCCUUUCUCUGUGGGCUUCUGUGGGUCUCCGUGAUAAUCGGUGCCACCUUACAACUUUGGCAGAGACACGCUGCUCUCUGCUUUCAGAAGGAUACCACCAUGCCCCCUACUCUGAGUCUGCUUUCCAUUUUCUUCAUUUUUACUCUUCCAUUAGCAAUCUUGACUUUUUGCUCCACAGAAGUAAUCAGGAACCUUAAGAGACGUCUGAACACAAAUUCACCAGAGAAGAAAUUAAUCCAGAAAGCUGUUCACAUUAUUUAUGCAAAUCUGAUUGUAUUUCUAAUAUGUUUUCUGCCAGCCCACCUUGCCGUACUUGCCAGGUUCAUAAUGGAGAGCAUCGGAGCUACCUGUUUCCUACUCCAGGUUCUGAAGAACUUCUCCUCUGUGACAAGGUGUAUUGCCACGUCCAACUGCUGCCUGGACAGCAUCUGCUACUACUUUGUGACCAAGGAGUUCCAUGAAGCCCUUCUACUGCCCAAACCCAGCACUGAAAAAACAGAUCAAAUCCACCCCUUGCAGACACACACUUGCUAA